AAACUCUACAUCCACAACUUCUCCGUGAUUUUGAGACAAUGAGCAUGAGGUAACCAUCGCGCUGAAAAAUACAUCUCAUCAAGGGUCAAGAAAAAUGAGUAACUCAGCUGUCGGCAGUGCUGCAGCGAGCCCUGCGGUGGCUAGCUCUCCCGGUGGCGCUCUUGGGAGUUCGGGUCACCAUGGCGGGUCUCACGGAGGAAUAGAUGCAUUUUCGAUCGCGGCCAACAUCAGUGAUCUCUUCAAGCUCCCUGCGGCUAGGAGGGAUCCGGUUUUGUUAGACCGACUGGUGGAAUCGUUAAAAGUGUUGCUCAUAGCCAGAUUUCGAACUCUUGAGUUGGCGUACAACGUCUUCGCAGAGAAGGGAAACCUGUCGCACACAGGCUUAGACAAAAUGGCGAAAGGGUUAUGACAACAGACUACAGAUAAAAACAGUUCUUCUUGAUAAACCUCAAGAACCUUCAACACAUGACAUGAUGAGAGGAUGACCUCGCUCCCCUCUAAUAGCCGUUCGAAUCAAUGUGGAUGCUAGGGUGAUUCGUGCUGUCCACGAUAGGAUGCUCAAUGUGGAGACGAAAAGCGUGGCGUUCUUAGACUUCCAGACAGUCUUGAUGGACGUCACCUUGAGAAAACUGAAGGAACAACUGCAGACUUACACUUACGAAGAUAUAAUUUUUAAGUGUUCUUGGAGCAGGAACAAGUUUUUUGGCAGGCUUAUACUAACUUCAAAGACAUCUUCAAUUGAUGCACCACGACUUCCAGACUCAUACUCGUCAACGGAGGCGUUUUUUCUUUGUUUCUUUGGUUAAAAAUGUACGCGACGACCGCAACUACCGCCUUUUAAGUACUUCAAUACGCGACCCUAACUACCUCCAUUUAAGUACUUCAAUACGCGACUCGCCCAACUACCUCUUUUAAAACACCUUAACCACCUUCUCUCUUCCAAGUGUCUACCGACCAAGUGUAGCUAGAGUCAGCAUGGUUGUCUAAAUGUAAAUAUUACUUCAGAACGUUCAACAUCGAAUCUAAUCCGUCUAUUUCUUCCUCUGGCUUAUUUUUGCGCUAAAGUCUCCGCAACCACAGAAGAGUACGUGCGAAGAUUACGGGUUUCAUUCGAAGUGUAGUCUUCCGCGACGACCAGACCAAGCUACAAUCUGUUGGCCGUUAUGGAACUUUCUUGAUCUUGAUGACGUUGACCCACCUUGAUGUUUGAUUAUUUUGUGUUAGAGAAACACGACGAGCGCCGUUUUUUGAAAAGGAAUACAGAAAACGUCUCUACUGAAGACUCAUUAUUUUUAAUCUCACGUGGUCAUGGCUAGGUGAACGAAAGGGCAACAAAUUAUGGGCGCGUCGUCAACUUCCUCUUUCGCUUUCUUCUAGAUAAACCUCUAGUACAUUUUGGUUACUCUUCUCCUCUAAAUCCGUUUUCAAUCAAAGCUAACGUUGCAAUUCUCUUCGAGACUGUGGAACAGCAUCCGCCGGAAAAUUUCGGACUCCACAGUACUGACCCAGUCUCAAUUUCUGCAACAUAUUCGGUCAUGGAAAGCGUUCUUCCAUGAAUACGAGUACCAUUUCUUUGAAGAAAUUUACAAUUAAGGCAAUGAUCUGUAACUGUCAGAACAACUCCUCGUGAGUAGUACAAAUAUUGAUGAAUUGGUGAAGACUUUGACUCCCUUCUUCUGCCUUCAUUGGAAGUGAUACAGGUACAUCCGCAAAUGAGGAAGCAGUACCCUAAGCGCUAGGAACACUGAAAAAGCACCAAAAACGAGUAAAGCGUGCUCAACUAGAAAAACAAGAAUAUUAGAAGGAGAGCUAAAGACAAAGCAUCAAAAAGCUUGAUCCGAUCACUCAUUGGGGUGCUUCGAAUUCAAGGAAAGGGCUACUGGCAGUUUUUGUUUUGGGUGCUUAGUCAUGGUAGGUCAUUCAUGAUAAUUGAAGACGCAUAGCAAUAGCUAGUUAUGGUCAUUCAUGAUAAUUGAAGUCGCCUAGCACUAGCUAGUUUAAACUCUAAACUCAGCGGUUGGAUCAGCGAGGUAGCAACUCCGUGAACAUCUUCCAGAUCAUGUUGGGGUUGAUCUUCCUGAGUCCAGAAACCGACAAAAAGUCAAGAUUCGAGACUGUUUUUCGAUUAUGAUGUUGAAUUAUGAUACUUAUGCCUAUGCCUACUAGAAGUACCGGAUUAGCUCUUAGCUUUUUUAUUUAACCACUUUCAAAAAAAACAACACUUAGGAACAGCAGAGAGCUGAAAGCUUCACAACAUUCCCAACAAGGUCGUUAAAUCAAUGCGUUGCACUCUUUGGCUUUAAAGUUAUUUAACCACUUUUUGAUUUUGAGUUGUCCACAAGAACUACCAGCUUUCAACCUUUUUGUUCAUCACAAGGCAUUUUCUCCUCCUCCUCCUCCUCAUCCUCCUGUUAUGAUGUUUAUACGCAUUUACGGUGACUCCUCAUUCCAUCUAAUCCAUGUCUUUACACGCAUUUACGGUGAAGACUCCUCAUUCCAUCUAAUCCAUGUCUUUAUACGCAUUUACGGUGACUCCUCAUUCCAUCUAAUCCAUGUUUUCGACACCGAUGA